AUCGUCUAUUGAUUGUGUAUAUCAAUAAUCGCUGCCGCUUUUCUUCGCUGCUAUCAGCUAAGAUGAAGUUCAGCGGGUUGAUAAUGUGGCGGCUGGGGGGCGGACGCUGCAGGACUCUGGUGUCCUGCGGUAACAUUGUUGUGGAACGACGUCACACCUCGAAAAAAUGAAGGCACAGAGGCAGCAGCCAUUACUGGAGCUUCUCUAAUUAUUUUAUUCCAAAUAAAUACUCACGGAAAACUCCCAUGGCAAGAGCUACAAGUCAGCUGUAUGAUGUUGUGCCCAUUAAGCCCAAUGCUGUCAUCUGUUCCUGCUCACAUUCAUCAAUGGUAAGAAACCACCCUGACUCCUGCUCGCCACUUGCUAUCCCAGGCGCAAGCAGCAGUCACUGCCCUAGCAUGGAGGGCUCAGCCUCACAGGCUCGUGCUGUUGGAGCAGCUGGCUGUAGUCAGAGCUCUGAUGACCGCACACAGCCAGCCGCCCAGGCUCCGCAGCCACGCAAGAAGAAGCCUGAAGAUUUCAAGUUUGGCAAGAUACUGGGAGAGGGCUCCUUCUCAACGGUUGUCCUGGCAAGAGAACUGGCCAUGGGAAAAGAAUAUGCAAUUAAGAUUUUAGAGAAGCGUCACAUUAUGAAGGAGAACAAAGUCCAGUAUGUGAAAAGAGAGCGAGAUUUGAUGUCAAAUCUUGAUCAUCCGUUUUUUGUAAAGCUCUACUUCACGUUUCAAGAUGAUGAAAAGUUGUAUUUUGGUCUCAGCUAUGCUAAGAAUGGAGAACUUUUGAAAUACAUUCGCAAAAUUGGUUCAUUUGAUGAGACCUGUACGAGGUUCUACUCCGCUGAAAUAGUUAGUGCUCUAGAAUAUUUACACAAGAAGGGGAUUAUUCACAGAGAUCUGAAACCAGAAAAUAUUCUUUUGAAUGAGGAGAUGCACAUUCAGAUAACAGAUUUUGGAACUGCGAAACAGUUAUCGUCCGACAGCAAACAAGCGAGGGCAAACUCCUUUGUUGGAACAGCACAAUAUGUGUCUCCAGAGCUGUUGACUGAAAAAUCCGCCUGCAAGAGCUCUGACCUGUGGGCCUUGGGAUGUAUAAUCUAUCAACUGGUGGCUGGUUUACCACCAUUCAGAGCAGGAAACGAGUACCUAAUAUUCCAGAAGAUAAUAAAAUUGGAGUAUGAAUUUCCAGAGAAGUUCUUCCCCAAAGCCAAGGAUCUUGUUGAGCAACUUUUGUCACUGGACCCCUCCAAGCGGCUUGGAUGUGAAGAGAUGGGAGGGUACGGCCCACUGCAGCAUCAUCCUUUCUUCGACACCAUUUCCUGGAGCGACCUACACCUCCAGACACCCCCUAAGCUUACGCCCUACCUGCCAGCUAUGUCAGAAGAUGACGAGGACUGCUAUGGAAAUUACGAUGACCUCCUGAGCCAGUUCAGCAACAUGCAGGUGGCCCCUUCACACUCCUUGUCGCCACUCGACCCCACACCGCCACAAAGAUCCAGCAGCAACAUUGAACAGUACAUCCACGACCUGGACAACAACUCCUUUGAGCUAGAUCUGCAGUUCACUGAUGAAGAAAAGAAACUAUUGCUGGACAAACAGACUACUGGGAACGCCUGGCACCAGUUUGUAGAGAAUAAUCUGAUCCUCAAAAUGGGCCCAGUGGAUAAACGCAAGGGUCUGUUUGCUCGCCGGAGACAGCUGCUCCUCACUGAAGGACCACACCUGUACUACGUGGAUCCUGUCAACAGAGUCCUGAAAGGGGAGAUUCCUUGGUCCUUAGAGUUACGCCCAGAGGCCAAGAACUUCAAAACCUUCUUUGUUCACACGCCAAACCGAACAUACUAUUUGAUGGACCCCAGUGGAAAUGCAGACAGAUGGUGCAAGAAGAUCCAAGAAGUAUGGAGAAAGAUCUAUCAAAGGCACCAAAACCCUGGCCUAUAGGAGCACAUUUCAUCCUGUGCCCACUCCCUUUUAGCUCCGAGGCCAAUCACUGAGCAGAGUAACACCCUCUUUAGUGCCCUUCAUCACCGCAUUGUAAACAAACUCUUAGAGACGCUGGCAUCUAGAUCUUGUUUGUUUUCCUGAGUAGAUCCAGGGGAGAAACACAGCUUUGGAUUCAGGGUUGCUUUGCUUGUUCUUUGUGCUCUCUGUGAGGCUUCUCUUGCAUAUUUUUUCCCAUGUAUGGAUGACAAGAUUUCCAUUAUUCACAUCUGCAUUUUGUACAUUCUGCUUGGCAGGGACAGAGAUGGGCAAGCUUGUCUUGUACAGUGACACAAGCUUGGGUACUGCUAGGACCAUCCCAAAUACAAAGACUGGUUUCCUGCUUCAUCGAUAAAACAAAAUCUAGCUUUUAUGAACUGGAGCCUGAUUAUAUAUCUUAAUUAAACCAUAUCCAUAAUCAUACACAAUAUGUGCAAGCUGUAGAAAAGCCCAACUUUUAGUGCGUGUACUCCAUAUUUGUAACAGAUACUGUAAACUGAUUCAGUUUCACCUUUAUCCAACUCAAACCUCACUUUUGUCUGAACCCAAUGCGUAUUUAAGUUUUUGCUUUUUCAUGUCCUUUUCCAAUCUCUUGGUACUUGCUUAUUGCAGUCCAGUAAAGGUGUCAGUGUAACGAAGCAGAUCUGCAGUAAAGUUGGCCUGGACUAGCAUGUAAGGGUGAGCCAUUCAUAGCUGAUGCUGAAGAUGUUUUUGUUAACGGGGCAUAAACACGCCACUAGCUUGUUCUGCUUAAAUCAUCACUUGCUUAUUUUUCCAGCAUGGCCAGUUUUGUAACUCAUCUUUGUUCGCUUUUUUCUUGGGGCACUGGAGAUAGUGUUUUAUUUUAUUUUUAAGUUUAAAGGUGGGUAUUUUUUAACUGCAUUGGCAACCAUGGCAAAAAAAAAAAAAGAUUGGAUGUUUUGGUUUUGUACCAUUCACUGGCUUUGUGGUGUGAAUUUUAUUUUAUUUUAUUUUGUUUAUCUUUUUUGGUGGAGUAGAUUAUUUUCAUUAUGUUCUGUUAAAUAAAAUCUUAUGUGCUGUUUACCCCAUGCUGAACAGAACACCUCUGUCAACUGAGACACCUACCUACCUACAUACAUACAUACAUACCUACUAUCAUUCUCGGGAGCAAUCAUUGAAGAAAGGAAAAAGAAAACGCUGUUGCAGUGGCUUCCAUGCCACAGUGGGCUUACCGGCCCAUUUAUUUAGUUUUCUAUUCGACGUGUGGCCCAAUAGAACUCAAAGUGACUGAUUUAACAUGCUUUUGUUUUAGCAGUAUGUAUCAUAAAGCUUUUAAUUCUUGACAUAGAUCCUUAAGGUGACUGCCGAAGACCCUCUUCCUUCAGUUGUGUGUGUGUGUGUGACUGGAGUUUUAGUGAACAGGACCUUGGAGCCCAGGGGCUUGAUGUGGUUGGAUGUUAAGUGAAAGGAUAUCCCUCUGAUCCAAAUGACCGAUGAAAUUGCUGUAUCUGUCUACAAAGUUGAGGAAACACCAGAAGGGUACGUUCCUCUGAAUAGUAAAUUGUUUAAAUCAAGUGGGUGGCAGUCGGUUACAUGGUGUAUGAAAUGCUCUACCUGGCAUGUAACUGAUUUGAACUGUGAUGUACAGAUGAUGUAUUAUUGAAUCUGAAGCGAGUAAUUUAAUGAUACUAGGAUACAGUUUUUGUAUUUUUAUUCUUGUAUAAGGUUAUUGAAGGCUAUUGUUUAGCCUAUAGUUCAUUCUGUGUUAUUUAAAUUCUAAUAUAUGAAUCAUAUUUGGAUUGAAGUCAUGUUCAGGGGCCAUGUUGUGUAUGUAUCGAGAUGUAAAGCCUUUGAAUGUGAAUAAUUAUUGUAAACUAUAAUAUUUUACAGCUUUUUUCUUACUAUAUCAUACAUUUUCUAUUUGCUCAGUGAUUUAAUCAUAUUCUGAUAAUUUAACGAAUUUGUUCAUUCUCUCUCUGAUUAUUUGUUCGCUAGGUCAGUAGAUGUUGAAUGAUGACUUUUUCCACUUAAUGCUUGGUAGUCCAGUAAUUAAAGCAUGUAGGGAUUUAGGCAUUCAAUUGAAAACCACGUGUCCUGUCUUCUGUUGACCGCCUCAGCCACCACACACAGAGCAGUCUAUGGUGGUGACAUGAUCUCACACUGCAACAUGUAAAUAAAGUACCGACCCAUUAUCAGAA